CAAUUUCGUCCCCGAAGGAGCCUGUUCACCUACUCUCUCUCUCUCUCUCUCCAUAGAAAGAAUCUCAAUCCUCGGGUCGGAAUGUCUAUCUCAAACCCAACACCUCCAGGCUUGACAAUUCCACGAUCCACGCCGUAGAACACCACUGCGGUCGUCAAACCCACAAUCAGAGGUAAUAAAUAAAGUGCACCCAGAAAAUCAAACCACCGGAUCAGACCUUUUCACAAUGCCGUACCUAUUCAACUACCUUGCUCUGGCUCUCUCAGCCGUUCUGGUGGCUUUCCCACCUCCCUCCACCGCUCAACCACCACAAAAUCCCGAAGCUGAAGCUCUUCUCCGGUGGAAACAAAGCCUGGGCAACCAAACAAUCGUCAGCUCGUGGAUUUUCAACCAAACAAAUGGCAACUCUUCAGCUUCAAGCCCAUGCAACUGGCGUGGAAUUUCAUGCAACGCUGCAGGAAAUGUAACCGGGCUGAACCUUGCCUACACGGGACUACAAGGUACUCUUGACCAUUUAAACUUCUCAUAUUUCCCUCUCCUCCUCCGUCUCGACCUCAAAGUCAACCGACUCAAUGGUACCAUACCCACCAACAUCGGCCUACUUUCGAACCUCGUGUAUCUUGAUCUCUCCACCAACUCAUUCUCGGGCACAAUCCCUCUCUCUGUCGCGAAUCUCACUAAGGUUGUUGAGCUGGAUUUUUCACGAAACGCCAUAACAGGGCAGCUUGACCGGCGGUUAUUUCCUGACCGCGGGUCAAGUCAGGCUAAAACCGGCCUGCUCAGCCUCCAAAGGCUACUCUUUCAGGAUACCUUGCUCAGUGGUCCCCUCCCGCCGGAGAUAGGUAAUUUGGAAGAUUUGACACUCUUGGCUUUAGAUAACAGCAGAUUUUCUGGCCCAAUUCCUCAGUCUUUGGGUAAUUUGAGUAAGAUAACUUACCUACAUCUUAACCAAAACGGAUUCUCUGGCCAGAUUCCUAAGAAUUUCGGCACCUUGACCAAGUUAGCCGAUUUGAGCUUGUUUUCGAACAACUUAUCUGGUCCAGUACCGGAAGAAAUCGGAAAUCUUUCAUCAUUGGUAGUUUUUCAUCUAAUUUAUAACAAUUUGAGUGGUCAAUUACCUCCACAAGUGUGUCAAGGCGGAAUGCUAGCGAAUUUCACCGCGGGGUACAAUAACUUCACCGGUCCAAUUCCGGUAAGCCUCAAAAACUGCACAUCCUUGUACAGAGUCCGGCUCGAAUAUAACCAACUAACAGGAAAUCUUGAUGAAGAUUUUGGAGCGUACCCGAACCUCACUUAUAUCGAUUUGAGCAGCAACAAUUUGCAAGGCAAAAUUUUACCCACAUGGGGAGAAUGCAGUAACUUGACACGGCUGAGUCUUGGUGGGAAUUCUAUUGGAGGUGAAAUCCCGGUGGAAAUUUCCCAGUUGAACCAGCUAGUAGUGCUUGACCUUUCCUCCAACAAGAUAACCGGGAAAAUUCCGGCACAAGUUGGACGAUUGUCGAAACUAUUGUCGUUAAACUUGAGUGACAACAGAAUUUCUGGACAAAUACCGUUCGAGAUCGGGGGACUGUCCAAUUUGGCUUCUCUUGAUCUCUCCAUGAACAUGCUAAGCGGACCGAUUCCGGGUCAAAUCGGAGAUAUCUCAAGAUUGCUGUUUCUAAGCCUGAGCAAAAACCAACUGAAUGGGAGCAUUCCAUAUCAGAUUGGUAAUCUUGGAACUUUACAAAGCCUGCUGGACCUUAGUGACAACUCACUCACCGGAGAGAUUUCGCCUCAGCUCGGGAAUCUAAUGAGCCUAGAAGCUUUAAACCUCUCCCACAACUCUCUCUCCGGUUCUAUACCGGAUUCGUUUAGCGGAAUGCUCAGCCUGUCAACGAUCGAUUUGUCGUUCAAUGAACUGGAGGGUCCUCUGCCUGACUCCAAGGUUUUUAAUUCGUCUCCGCCCGAAGCAUUUUCUCAUAACAAGAAUCUAUGUGGUGAUUCAAUCCAAGGUUUGACACCAUGCAAAAACUCAGUGUCUGGAGGUGGAGGAAAGGAAAACAAAGGAAACUCGCGGUUGAUCAUUAUUGCAGUUUCUACCUCGUUAGGCUCGUUGUUUCUCUUGCUUUUGCUUGUUGGGGCUAUCGCGCUUCACCGAAAAAGUAACCGGAGAAGCCAGAAAGAAGAUGGUGUAAAGGGAGAAAACAUCUUUUUGAUCCAGAAUUUCUGUGGAAGAAUUGUGUAUGGAGAUAUUAUCCGCGCUACAGAAAAUUUCGACGAUGCAUACUGCAUUGGACAUGGAGGAUCGGCCAGAGUCUACAAAGUUAACUUACCAAGUGGGCAGGUAGUAGCAGUUAAAAAGCUAUUUAUGAAUGAAGGUUCAGAGAUUGGGGAGAUCAAGAGUUUUGCAAAUGAGGUAGCAACGCUGACGGAAAUAAGGCACCGGAACAUUGUGAAACUCUACGGCUUCUGCUACCACAAAAAGCACACUUUUUUGGUUUGCGAAUACAUGGAGAGAGGAAGCCUGGCGGACGUUUUGAGGAGAGAGAAAGAUGCCAGGGAGUUGGACUGGAGCAAGAGAGUAAACGUAGUGAAAGGGGUGGCUCACGCUUUAUCUUACCUGCAUCACAACUGCGUGCCUCCCAUAAUUCAUCGGGACAUAUCGAGCAAGAAUGUUUUGUUGGACUCGGAAAUGGAGGCUCAUGUCUCAGAUUUUGGCACGGCAAGGUUUUUGAAGCCCGAUUCUUCAAAUUGGACCGUGGUUGCAGGCACAUUCGGAUACAUUGCUCCAGAAUUAUCGUACACGAUGGCGGUGACAGAGAAAUGCGACGUGUACAGCUUUGGAGUUUUGACACUUGAGAUAUUGAUGGGAUCGCAUCCGGGAGAACUCAGUUCAAACCUAUACUCAUCCGUUGACAACGAACGCAUACAAUUGGCAGAUGUCUUGGAUCCCCGUCUUCCGCCUCCUAAGAGUCAAAAGCUAAGUGACGAAUUGGAUUCCAUUUUGAAUCUAGCAGUCUGGUGCUUGCGCACCGAUCCACGUUCUAGACCUACCAUGUACGAUGCAUCUCAGGUGCUUGAGAUGAAUGCUGGAGCUGGCAGAGAGAGUCCAGAGUUGGUUAAGUCUGUUAGAGAGGGUGUUGAUGAGCUCCCCAUGCUUAGUUAGUUAGUUGGAUAUUUCUCUCCCUCAUUCUCUCUUUCUGUCGUGUAAUCAGGGUUAGAGUCAGGAUUUUGGGGCAAUGGUGUCGAGUACCAAAAGCCAUGUUAAUGAGCAAAGGACUUCGCGAUGAAAGGAAAAUGUUGUUAUUUUAGUUCUUUGGGGCUAUUUCCCUACUAUUUGUGGUGUCAAAUAUGUAUAAUACAAUCGAAAUCCUUAGGCAUCUUCGUUAUUGUCUCGCCUUAUCAAAGCUCGGUGGUGUCUCCUUUGGCUCGUUGGUGUAUCCAUUAGGACUUCAUCAUGUAUCAUAGCCAAUGACCCGGGGACUUGCAGAACUGUAUACAUUGUCGAUGAUUGUUUGAAAGAGUGGUGAUAUACAAAUUCCAGUCUCGCAUUUUUCAAGUGUACUUUGAAGAUUAGUUUCAGCUUCUACUUUGAAGAAUGGUUUCAAUUUGGAAAUCGAAUCAUGAUAGCCUGUGGUGGUGAUUUCACUGGAGGAUAGUAUCUGUUUUUACCUGAUUCUAGUUCUUAGCCGAAUUGUGAUCUUGAAAACAUCGACUUGAGAUCCUCAAUCCUUCCGAAAUUCUGUACCUUAGUAACAAAUUCAUCAUUCA